GUAAAAAGUUAAUCUGGUUGCGGUGGACGGUUAAUAAACAUUCAAUUGUUGUUUUCGCCAAGAAAAACGUAGUAUUAAACGUUAAAAAUGCGCUGUGGUGUACACAGUUGUAAUGCAAAAUGAAUUAACCAUUGAUGCCACACGAAGAUGCCACAACAGCAAUAACAAUCAAAACACCAACAUGCUGCAGAUGAUGCUCAGUUGAUCUAGCAACAAACACAAAAACAGGCUGAAGACUGAUUCCAGUUUAAAGCGACAGCAGCAGCAGGAGAAGAAGACUUUGGUUAUUCAAAACGAGAGCCAAACAGAAGAAGAGCAAUGAACAGCAGCCAGACGGCAGCAACGGCCACAUCGGCCAGCAGCAAUCGCAUCACGUUCACCAGCCAACCGCUGCCCAAUGGCACCAUCAACAUUGGCGGCGCUCCCGGCGGACCGACGAUCAUCUCAACGGCCCAGCUGCCGAACACGACAACGAUCAAGACGAUUACGGCAGGCUUGGGGGGACAUACGGGAAUGCCCGGAUUAUCGCAGGUCUCCCAUCAUCAUCCACAGCAGCAGCAACAUCAGGUGCAACAGCAGCAGCAACAACAGCAGCAGCAAACGCAAUCAGUAGGUGCCACGCAAACACAAACCUUAGUUAUUAAAUCCAAUCACCAUGCUGUCACCCUGCCGGCGGGUCUAGUAUCAAGUGCACCAGCAGGAAUCGUAACAAUGACCAAGACCAUCAAUCAGGCCGGGCAGCCGCUGCUCAACUCGAUGCUGCCCGCUGGAGUUGUGGUCGGCAUGCGUCCGCAAGGUCCGACGCAGCAGCAGCCAAAGAACAUGCCCGCCAAUCCGCUGAGUCGCGUGGUCAUCAGCAAUCCCCACAUGCCCGGAGUGAGGCCACAGAGUCCAUCGAUAACUUUAAGCACAAUAAAUGCAGGACAAACGCCUGCACUGUUAGUGAAAACGGAUAAUGGAUUUCAAUUGUUGCGCGUGGGUACGGCCACAACGACGGGCCCGCCGACGAUGACACAGACCAUAUCCAACACCAGCAACAUCAACAGCAGCAACAACAACAGCAGUAACAACAACAGCAACAACAACAGUAACAACACAACAACAACAACCACAAAUCAUCCCACAACAACACAGAUACGCUUGCAAACUGUGCCGGCUGCAGCUGUAAGUAGAUAUCAUGGCCAAACUCCAUCACAGCAACAACAACAGCAACAGACGCAGCAACAACAACAGCAGCAGCAGCAACAACAACACCUUCAGUCAAGCACACAAUCAUCCUCACAAGCAACAACUGCCAGCACUAGUAUUGCACUGCGCAAAACGAUUGUCCGAACUUCAUCCACAAUCCUCCCAUCCAGCAAUAAUAAUCUUAAUAAUAUUAAUAAUAACACCACCACCACCAAUACCACAACCACUACCAACAACAACAACAACAGCAACAAACCCGCUACUAACCUGCAACAGCAACAGAAGCUACAGCUACAUCUCAAACAGCAGCAGCAGCAGCAACAGGCUCAGCAUAAACAACAGCAGCAACAGGCCUCAGCAGCCAGCGCAAGCAGCGCAGCAGCCGCGGCUGCCGCAGCCGCUGCCGCGAAUGUCGCGGCAACCAUAAAGAUCAAGCAAAACUCGAUGACGAACACGACAGCCUCGAGCAACAUAAUUGUGAACUCGGUGGCCAGCAGCAAUGCGCACACUUAUGGCAGCGGCUCGCAGCCUCCGCAUUUGGCCCAGCUACAGCAGACGCAGCCGCAGCAGGCGCCACAUUUGCCGCAGGUAACGCAAAUCCAAACGAUACCAGCAGCAGUUCAGCCCCAGACACAGGCGAACAAUGUGCAAGUUGUGAGUGCAGCAGCGGCGGCAUCGGCGGCGGCGACAGCAUCAAAUGCUGUUAAUACGACAACAACAACGGCGGCGCAGGGCAAUACCAAAGAGAAAUGUCGCAAGUUUUUAGCCAAUUUAAUCGAAUUGUCGACACGCGAACCCAAGCCGGUGGAGAAAAAUGUGCGCACGCUCAUCCAGGAGCUGGUCAAUGCGAAUGUGGAGCCCGAGGAGUUUUGUGAUCGCCUGGAGCGUUUACUCAACGCCAGUCCACAGCCGUGCCUCAUUGGUUUUCUAAAGAAAAGUCUGCCACUGUUGCGCCAGGCGCUCUACACCAAGGAGCUGGUUAUUGAGGGCAUUAAACCGCCAGCGCAGCAUGUGUUGGGAUUACCUGGACUGCCGCAGCAGCUGCCGAAAAUUCAAGCGCAAAUCCGUCCCAUUGGACUCAGCCAGACUACGACGACCAUUGGACAGACACAGGUGCGCAUGAUCCAACAGAAUGCCCUGGGCAAUGUGCCGCGACCCACAAUUGGCCACACGACGAUAUCGAAGCAGCCGCCAAGCAUACGUUUACCCACAGCGCCGCGUCUGGUGAACACAGGCGCCAUUCGCGGCCAAAUGCCUUCGCUGCCAAUGCCCACACAGGCGAAUAUUGUGCAAAUCCGUGGCCCACACAAUGCCCAGCUGCAGCGCACGAGUUCGGUGCAGAUUCGAGCCACGCCUCGGCCGCCAAACAGCACGCCCACGAACAAAGUCACUGCCGUUAAAGUUGGCCAGACGCAGAUCAAGGCCAUAACGCCCAGUUUGCAUCCGCCCUCGCUGGCGGCCAUAUCACCCAAUAGCGGACCACCCCCAACGCCAACGUUAUCCGUGCUCUCGACGAUCAAUUCGGCCUCGACCACCUCGUUGCCGGUGCCGUCGCUGCCCACGGUGCAUUUGCCGCCGGAGGCUUUGCGUGCCCGCGAACAGAUGCAGAAUUCGCUGCAUCAGAACAACAAUAAUCACUUUGAGCCGAAGCUGGUUGAGAUUAAGGCACCGCAAUUGCCCCACAUUGAGCGCAUCAAUGCCUCGCUAACGCCCAUUUCGGCCAAGACGCUGCCGCGCAACUCGAUGCCCAUGCCCAACAAGACAGUGAGUAAAAAGAAACGCGAUGCGGUGGAUCGCGAUGCCAAGGACGACAAGCUGAACAGUAGCAGUGGAAUGGCCACAUCCGCGGCGACGGCGGCCGCAGCUGCGGCUGCCAAUUCGUUUUUCCAGCAGAGCUCGAUGUCGUCGUCAAUGUAUGGCGAUGAUGACAUCAACGAUGUGGCGGCGAUGGGUGGCGUUAAUUUGGCAGAGGAAUCGCAGCGAAUUCUGGGUUGCACCGAAAACAUUGGCACACAAAUCCGUUCGUGCAAGGACGAGGUGUUUCUCAAUCUACCAGCAUUGCAGGCGCGAAUACGCGCAAUUACCGCCGAACGUGGUCUCGAGGAACCAUCACAGGAUGUGGCUGUGCUCAUAUCGCAUGCGUGCCAGGAAAGGCUCAAGAACAUUGUGGAGAAGUUGGCUGUGAUAGCGGAGCACCGCAUUGAUGUCAUCAAGUUGGAUCCACGGUAUGAGGCGGCGAAAGAUGUGCGAGGCCAAAUCAAGUUCUUGGAGGAGUUGGACAAGGCGGAACAGAAGCGACACGAAGAACUGGAACGUGAGAUGCUGCUGCGUGCUGCCAAGUCCAGGACGCGAGUGGAGGAUCCCGAGCAGGCCAAAAUGAAGGCGAGAGCAAAAGAGAUGCAGCGUGCUGAAAUGGAGGAACUGCGCCAACGUGAUGCGAAUCUGACGGCACUUCAGGCGAUUGGACCGCGUAAGAAACUCAAACUAGAUAGCGAAGCGAGCGGUGUGGGUGUGGGUUCCAGUAGUGGCGGUCUGCUGAGCAGUAGUGGCAACACAUCGACAACGUUGCGGCCGCGCAUUAAACGUGUCAAUCUGCGCGAUAUGCUCUUCUACAUGGAGCAGGAACGUGAAUUUUGUCGCAGCUCGCUGCUGUUCAAAACUUACCUCAAGUGAUCGCUGCUGGUGCAGCCGUUGUUCAUUCGCACCUACGCUCCUGUACGGCUCCAUCUCCGCCUCCGCCACUGUCUCCGCCUCCUGUCGUCUGUUACUGUCCUCUUGGUCUAAUUUCAAUUUGCGCCAAUUCAGCAUGGUUCAUUAAUUUGCAAUAUACUUUAGCUGUCACAUUUAACUGCGUCGUCCCCUUGUUAUUUUUAGUUAGACAUACAAAUUUAAAUUGUAAUUAUAAUUUUCUAUAACUCAUAUAUACUUCUCGUUUUCCAAUUAAAAACAAAAGAAACGCCUACAACACUUAAACCAAACCAAUCCAAAAACCAACAUCAACAACAGAACUAAUAACAAACAAAAAGAAAUGAAAAGAAAAGAAGUAAAUCAUAAAAACAAAAGCAUCAACGUGCAGUCAGCCAGCGUUUGAUUUUGUAAUGUUUAAAAUAUAUAAUUAAUUGCAGUAAUAAUUGCAUUGACGGCCUUAUCUAAACGAUAUAAACAUAUAUAAAUAAUAUGAUUAAAUUGUGUAGCUUAGAUUGUUAAACGAAAAAAUCAAGCGUAAUUUUAGUGUUUAAGUUAGCAUUCAAGAUCGAUCAUAAGAUGGUUUUUAAAACCAUAUUGCAAGUUGCAAAAGCAAGAGAAUAAGGAAAAAGCAAACAACAAAACAAAAUAAGUGAAAAAUAUCCACAAUAUGCAUACAUUGAACUAGUUGUAGUUGUUUAAACAAAUUGAUGUAAUUUUAAUUAGCUUAUGAAUAAACAACCAGAAACAAAACAAAAACCUAAAUAGAUGUGUAUAAAGUGCAGACUAAGUUUUGUCGAUAGUUUAACUAGGUAAACAACAACAACAACACAUCGUAAUUAACAAAUUUACAGCAAAAAAUAGAACUAAAAACCCGAACGUAGUUGUAGACACUAAACAUACAAUAUAUAUGUUUUUUUAUUAUCAUUAUUAUUAUGAUUAUUAGUGGCGCCCAACGUGAGUGUGCGUCUUUAUAAUGUUCUUGCAGGUAGACUUUUCAUUUUGAACAUUUGCACCAGCCACAAAAUAGGUAAAUUUUAUACAAAAAAACAAGAAUUGAAAAAAGAAGAAAACGCCGUAAUAUUGUAAAAUACACUGAAAUCAAUUGACCACGUAUAUAUAUUAAAUAUAAAUUUAAAAAGAAACAAACAAAACAAUUUCAAAUUCUGUGUGUGUGCUAAAAAACAAUGUAUAACUAGAUGAUGCAAACUUCAACAGCGCAUAGUUUAGUAGGCAUAUAACUGAAUAUAUUAAAUACAUCUAUAAAUAUAUACAUGCAUAUUAUGUUUUACAAUUACUAAAAAAACGAAAAACAACAACAAGCAAACCCUAUUGUAUGUAUAAUUUAAGUUAAAACAAACAAAAAAAAAACAACAAAAAACAAAACAAACGAAAAAAAAAUAAAACAAAAUUAAAAGAAACAACUAA